AUGGGUACCCAAGAGGAAGACCAAGAAGGUACCAGCGUUGAGGGAAUAGACCAAGAGGGGCCGGAAGAUUCACCAUUCACCGUGUCUGUCAAUUCCUUCCCCCUUCCAUCGAAGUUUCGCAUGCUGCAGAUAGAAAGCUAUGACGGAGCCAAAGACCCCCUAGAUCACUUGGAAUCCUUCAAGACCUUGAUGCACCUUCAAGGAGUAGCAGACGAGAUCAUGUAUAAGGCCUUCCCUACCACGCUGAAGGGUCCUGCAAGAAUUUGGCAAUUAGAAGAUGAGACGCUGAGGUCUUAUAUAGCAAGCUUUAACAAAGAGGUGCUUUCAAUCGAUGAAGCCGACGACAAGAUACUAGUAGCCGCUUUCACAAAUGGGCUGCGAAAGGGUAAGUUCCUAUUUUCACUAUAUAAGAAAGACCCAAAGAUUAUGUCAGAUGUGCUUUACAGGGCAACCAAAUACAUGAAUGCCGAAGACGCGCUUCUGGCCCGAGAGGAGAAACCCAAGAAGAGAGAAAAGCAGGAAGAUACACGACAGGACAGAGGGCAGAAGAUGACAAGAACUGGAGAAGGAAGGGAUGACAGGCGCUUUAAGCCCCCUGCGUGGAGAUUUACAAGCUUCACUCCACUGACUACCCCAAUCGACCAAGUCCUAAUGCAAAUCAAGGACGAGGUAGCCUUAACCUUCCCCGAAAAGCUGAAGGGAGAUCCCAACAAAUGGUCUAGAGACAAAUACUGCCGUUUCCAUUGUGAUUACAGUCAUGACACAGCCGACUGCUACGACUUGAAACAAUAG